AUGCGUUUCUCAACCAUUUUUCAGGCGUCUCUGCUCGCGGCCUCGACCCAGGCCUCUCUUGUGGAUAUCAAGGUGCCCAAGGCUGUCCGCAAGGGCGAGUCGUUUGCUGCCUUUGUCCAUGUGCAGAGCGGCAUGAGCAGCGGCGAGGUGGCGUACAUCUGGGGUGAAAUUGCCAACAACCUCAACAGCCCCGAUGAUUCAAUGGGCCAAAUUUUGACCGUGACGGACGCGAAGACUCUGCAACUGGGCGUGAACCAGGUCAGAAUACCCGGCCUGUUCAUGUUCAACAAUGGCGAGGUCACACUCAAAGUUCGAGUCAUUACGUAUGCGGGCGUAGCAGGCACUCUUGACCAUUUCAUCUGCCAGACGAACAUUAAGCAAGGCGAUCGGGCUAGCGGCGACUUUGUGACUUUGGAUUGUAAGCGAUAG